GGGGAUUUUGACUUUGCUAAGUUGUUAAAAGCAAAUGAUUUGGCUUCCAUGGUGGUAGGAACUCCUAUGCUGCUUGAAAUCAACAUUAAUGAUAUUGUUGGAUUGAUGUUGUUUGAUUUCAAAGAUAAAAGGAUGUGUUAUAAGUCUAAUAAUAGUAUAGAUUCUGAUGAUGAUUUUAUAAAGGUAACUUUGUUUGACAAUGAUCUUGACAGUGAUGAGAAUAGAAAAUUAAUUAAAGGAGUGGCAAAGAUUAAUAUGCCAUUGCGAAUUAGUUAUGAGUGGACGAAAUUGGGUGUGAGGAGUAUUUUUUUAAAGUAUCGAUGGUCAUUUGUUGUGUUUGCAAAGAGCAAGUGUAUAUGUGAUGGUUAA